AUGAAGACUCUGCUCGUAUUAGCCUUAAGCAUCGGAGCCGCCUACUGCGGUGGAGGUGGAUGGUCGGGCGGAGGCGGCGGGGGAUGGUCUGGAGGAGGUGGCGGCGGUAAGACCUACAUUGUAAAGUCCCUCGGCGGAGGAGGUGGCCACGGAGGCUGGUCCGGUGGAGGUGGUGGCGGUGGAUGGUCCAGCGGAGGUGGCGGUGGAUGGUCUGGAGGAGGUGGCGGUGGAUGGUCUGGAGGAGGUGGUGGAAGCUUCGGCAAGACCUACAUCAUCAAAUCUCUCGGAGGUGGUGGUGGCGGCCACGGCGGCUGGUCCGGCGGAGGUGGCGGAUGGUCGAAGGGAGGAGGUGGCAAGUCAUACAUCAUCACCAAGAUCAGUGGAGGACAUGGAUGGAAGGGCUAA